CAUGGCUGCGGCUUCUCACAUGAUAAACUCCACCCCUCCCAAUCCCCGUGACUGUCUUUAUUCUCGACGGCCAAUCCGGUCCGCGCUUACAUUGUGUCAGGUGACCUGCCGAUGUCCAAUCAGCGUCGCGCUUGUAUUUCUGCUGAUCAUCACAGAGCGAAGGAGCUGGUAGAGUUAAGAUGGCGGAGUGUGGAUGAGGGGGUAGCAAAUCAAGGCUCUGCUUUUCUUUCGUUAUAAUUCCGAGUUGUAUGAACGCCCGACAUUACAGCUAACGCGGAAACACUAUUUCCCUACCAUAUCUUUUGCAUUUAUUCGUCUUAUGUUGGAUUGAAGUCAUGACGUCUAUACACUUCGUGGUUCACCCGUUGCCUGGGACCGAAGACCAGCUCAAUGACAGGCUGCGGGAGGUCUCAGAGAAACUUAACAAAUACAACUUCAGCAGCCAUCCUCCUCUAAAUGUGUUGGAACAGGCCACAAUUAAACAGUGUGUAGUGGGACCAAAUCAUGCUGCUUUUCUUCUGGAGGAUGGUCGUGUUUGUAGAAUUGGUUUUGCUGUGCAGCCUGAUAGGUUGGAGUUGGGUAAACCAGAUGGCAGUGAUGGUUCAAAGUUGAGCAGUGGUUCAGGGACAGGAAGGACCUCCAGGCCAGGCAGGACUAGUGAUCCGCCCUGGUUUCUGUCUGGUUCUGACACACUGGGCAGACUGGCAGGCAACACCCUUGGGAACCGCUGGAGUUCUGGUGUGAACGGUGGUGGUGGAGGAGGAGGAGGGGGCGGCGGAGGCGGCGGGGGCAGUGGCGGCGGCGGCGGCGGCUCGUCGGGCAGGUCCUCCACCGCGGCCAGGGACUCCAGGAGGCAGACCAGGGUCAUCCGCACCGGACGGGACAGGGGCUCGGGGCUUCUGGGUAGCCAGCCUCAGCCCGUCAUUCCAGCCUCGGUCAUCCCUGAGGAGCUCAUCUCUCAGGCACAGGUAGUUCUUCAAGGGAAGUCCAGGAGCGUUAUCAUCCGAGAACUCCAGCGGACUAACCUGGAUGUUAAUUUGGCUGUCAACAAUUUGCUGAGUCGUGAUGAUGAGGAUGGUGAUGAUGGUGAUGACACUGCAAGUGAAUCUUACUUACCAGGAGAGGACUUAAUGUCUCUGCUGGAUGCCGAUAUCCACUCGGCCCACCCCAGUGUCAUAAUUGAUGCGGACGCCAUGUUCUCGGAAGACAUCAGUUAUUUUGGAUAUCCCUCCUUUCGCCGUUCUUCUCUCUCAAGACUUGGAUCCUCACGAGUUCUCCUUCUUCCCUUAGAGAGAGACUCGGAGCUGUUGCGUGAGCGCGAGUCUGUGUUACGUUUGCGUGAGCGGAGGUGGCUUGAUGGAGCCUCCUUUGAUACCGAGCGAGGCUCCACAAGCAGGGAAGGGGAGCCGAGCAUGGACAAGAAGAAUAUCCCGGUGCAGAGCCCCGUGUCCCUGGGGGAGGAGCUUCAGUGGUGGCCUGAUAAGGAUGGUACGAAGUUUCUCAGCAUUGGGGCCUUGUACUCUGAACUGGUGGCAGUGAGUUCAAAAGGAGAACUCUAUCAGUGGAAGUGGAGUGACACUGAACCAUAUAGAAACGCACAGAACCCUGCUGUGCAUCACCCAAGAGCCAGUUUUCUGGGACUGAUCAACGAAAAAAUCACCCUCUUGUCUGCCAAUAGUAUAAGAGCUACUGUUGCUACCGAGAGCAAUAAGGUUGCCACAUGGGUGGAUGAUACACUUAGUACUGUAGCAUCAAAGCUGGAGCACAGCACACAGACCUUCACUGAACUGCAAGGAGAGCGCAUUGUGUCCCUGCAUUGCUGUGCCCUUUACACCUGUGCACAGCUAGAGAAUAGCCUGUAUUGGUGGGGCGUCGUUCCUUUUAGUCAACGGAAAAAGAUGCUAGAAAAGGCCAGAGCCAAGAAUAAAAAGCCAAAGUCCAGCGCUGGCAUCUCCUCUAUGCCCAACAUUAUUGUGGGCACACAGGUCUGCCUGAGGAACAACCCUCUUUACCAUGCAGGGGCAGUUGCCUUUUCCGUCAAUGCUGGGAUUCCUAAAGUGGGGGUCUUGAUGGAAUCCGUAUGGAACAUGAAUGACAGUUGCAGGUUUCAGCUCAGGUCGCCAGAGAGCUUGAAAAACAUGGAGAAGACUAGCAAGACGGCAGAAACAAAAACGGAGAACAAACCUGAGUCUGUGAAGACUGAGAUGGGACCACCUCCUUCUCCAGCAUCUACUUGUAGUGACACAUCCUCUAUCGCAAGCAGUGCAUCGCUGCCUUACAAGCGGCGGCGCUCAACUCCAGCCCCAAAAGAGGAGGAGAAAGUGAAUGAAGAGCAGUGGCCUCUGAGAGAAGUGGUAUUUGUGGAAGAUGUUAAAAAUGUCCCUGUUGGAAAGGUGCUAAAAGUCGAUGGUGCAUAUGUUGCUGUGAAAUUUCCAGGAACAUCCAGCAGUAUGAGCAACCAAAGCACAGCUCCUUCUGACUCUGAUCCCUCAUCACUGCUGCAGGACUGUAGACUACUAAGAAUAGAUGAGCUACAGGUUGUAAAAACUGGUGGCACUCCAAAGGUUCCGGAUUGCUUCCAGCGCACACCUAAGAAACUUUGCAUCCCUGAAAAAGCUGAAAUACUGGCCGUAAAUGUGGAUUCGAAAGGAGUACAUGCUGUAUUGAAGACCGGCAGCUGGGUGCGAUACUGCAUCUUUGACCUGGCAACAGGCAAAGCAGAACAGGAAAAUAACUUUCCCACCAGCAGUCUUGCUUUUCUGGGACAGAAUGAACGGAAUGUGGCAAUUUUCACAGCGGGGCAGGAAUCGCCUAUCAUUCUAAGAGAUGGAAAUGGGACUAUCUACCCAAUGGCUAAAGACUGCAUGGGUGGCAUACGAGACCCUGACUGGUUAGAUUUGCCACCCAUCUCGAGUCUUGGUAUGGGAGUGCAUUCCUUAACUAAUCUUCCUGCCAACUCCACUAUUAAGAAGAAAGCUGCUGUUAUAAUAAUGGCUGUUGAGAAGCAAACCCUGAUGCAGCACAUCUUAAGAUGUGAUUAUGAAGCAUGCAGGCAGUAUUUGAUAAAUCUGGAGCAAGCCGUUUUGCUAGAGCAAACGCCUCAAGCACUGCAUGCACUCCUUGGCCACAGGUGUGAUGGGAACCGCAACAUCUUGCACACAUGCGUUUCUGUGUGCUUCCCUGUCAGCAACAAAGAAACUAAAGAGGAAGAAGGAGCUGUCUACAAACAAAGACAUGGGGAAUCUGAAAGAAGAUUGCAAUAUAGAGAAGCUGAGCGGUCAGAGAGGAACACGUUUGCAGAGAGACUGUCUGCGGUCGAAGCCAUAGCCAAUGCGAUCUCUGUGGUUUCUAGCAACAGCUCUGGAAAUAGAACAGGGUCUUCAAGCAGCAGAGGUCUGCGGCUGCGAGAGAUGAUGAGGCGCUCUCUGAGAGCCGCUGGUCUGGGACGACACGAGUCCGGCCCUUCGUCCAGUGACCACCAGGAUCCGGUGUCCCCUCCCAUCGCUCCACCCAGCUGGGUACCAGACCCGCCCCCCAUGGACCCAGAUGGCGAUAUUGAUUUUAUACUGGCUCCAGCUGUGGGUUCUCUCACCACCACAUCAGCGGGCACUGGCCAGGGACCCAGCACCUCCACCAUACCAGGCCCUUCAUCUGAGCCAUCAGUGGUGGAGUCCAAAGAUCGGAAAGCCAAUGCCCACUUGAUACUGAAAUUGAUGUGUGACAGUGUUGUUCUUCGUCCCUAUCUCCGGGAUUUGCUUUCUGCAAAGGAUGCGAGGGGAAUGACUCCGUUCAUGCUUGCUGUUAGUGGGAGAGCAUAUCCAGCUGCUAUUACCAUUCUUGAAGCUGCUCAGAAAAUAGCCAAAGGUGAUCCUGCCUCAAGUGAAAAGGAGGAUGCUGUGUUCAUGGAAAUGAUCUGUCCAUCUGGAACCAACCCGGAUGACUCUCCUCUCUAUGUCCUCUGUUGUAAUGACACUUGCAGCUUCACGUGGACUGGAGCAGAGCACAUCAAUCAGGAUAUUUUUGAGUGCAGGACGUGUGGCCUGUUGGAGUCUCUCUGCUGCUGCACGGAAUGCGCCAGGGUGUGCCACAAAGGACAUGACUGCAAGCUCAAGAGAACAUCACCUACAGCAUACUGUGACUGCUGGGAGAAAUGCAAGUGUAAAACCUUGAUUGCAGGACAGAAAUCUGCCCGACUUGACCUGCUGUACCGACUGCUCACCACCACUAACCUUGUCACCAUGCCAAACAGCAGGGGAGAGCAUCUCUUGCUGUUCUUGGUCCAGACUGUGGCCAGGCAGACAGUAGAGCACUGCCAGUAUCGACCACCACGCAUCCGAGAGGACAGAAACCGAAAGGCAGCUAAUGCUGAAGAUUCGGACAUGCCAGAUCACGACCUGGAGCCACCCCGCUUUGCUCAGCUGGCUCUGGAGCGUGUGCUGCAGGAUUGGAAUGCCCUGAAGUCCAUGAUCAUGUUUGGAUCACAGGAGAACAAAGAUCCACUGAGUGCAAGCAGCAGAAUAGGUCACCUUCUUCCAGAAGAGCAAGUAUAUCUCAACCAGCAGAGUGGAACCAUUCGGCUUGACUGCUUUACCCAUUGUCUCAUUGUUAAAUGCACUGCGGACAUUACACUUUUAGACACCCUGCUGGGAACUUUGGUGAAAGAACUUCAAAACAAGUACACUCCGGGUCGAAGGGAGGAAGCCAUCAAUGUCACCAUGAGAUUCCUGCGCUCUGUGGCCAGGGUCUUUGUCAUUCUCAGUGUGGAGAUGGCCUCGUCAAAGAAGAAAAAUAACUUCAUCCCCCAGCCCAUAGGGAAGUGCAAGCGCGUCUUCCAAGCUCUGCUGCCGUAUGCCGUGGAGGAGCUGUGCAAUGUGGCCGAGUCCUUGAUCGUUCCCGUGCGCAUGGGCAUUGCCCGUCCCACUGCGCCCUUCACCCUGGCCAGCACCAGCAUUGAUGCCAUGCAGGGAAGUGAGGAACUCUUCUCCGUGGAGCCUCUGCCGCCUCGACCCUCACCAGACCAGUCCAGCAGCUCUAGCCAGUCUCAGUCUUCGUACAUCAUGAGGAAUCCUCAGCAGAGGCGCAUCAGCCAGUCCCAGCCAGUCCGGGGGAGAGAUGAGGAGCAGGAUGAUAUCGUGUCUGCUGAUGUAGAGGAGGUGGAGGUUGUGGAGGGGGUGGCUGGGGAGGAGGACCACCACGAUGAGCAGGAGGAGCAGGGCGAGGAAAACGCCGAGGCCGAGGGACAGCACGAUGAGCACGAUGAAGACGGCAGUGACAUGGAGCUUGAUCUGUUAGCUGCUGCAGAAACCGAAAGUGACAGUGAAAGUAACCAUAGCAACCAGGACAAUGCCAGCGGUCGAAGGAGUGUUGUCACAGCAGCUACUGCUGGCUCUGAAGCAGGAAGUAGGGCCUCCCUGGCAUUUCCUUUGUUUGGUGCCAGCAGUGUCCCUGCCUUCUUUUCAGAGGACGACUCCCAGUCGAAUGACUCGAGCGACUCGGACAGCAGCAGCAGCCAGAGCGAUGACGUGGACCAGGAGACGUUCAUGGUGGACGAGCCCCUGGAGAGGACCACCAGCAGCUCGCAUGCCAACAGCGCAGCCCAGGCACCGCGGUCAAUGCAAUGGGCAGUACGCAACACCCAGAGCCAAAGAGCCACCAACAGCGCCCCGUCCAGCACCUCCACGCCUGCAGCCAGCUCAACGGGACUCAUCUACAUAGACCCAUCUAACUUACGAAGAAGUGGUGCCAUCAGUACCAGUGCAGCUGCUGCAGCUGCUGCUCUUGAGGCCAGCAACUCCAGCAGCUACCUGACAUCAGCCAGCAGCUUAGCCAGAGCCUACAGCAUCGUCAUCCGACAGAUCUCCGACCUCAUGGGCCUCAUCCCCAAGUACAACCACCUGGUGUACUCUCAGAUACCUGCGGCUGUCAAACUCACCUACCAGGAUGCUGUCAAUUUACAGAACUAUGUGGAAGAGAAGCUGAUCCCGACAUGGAACUGGAUGGUGAGCAUCAUGGACUCCACAGAGGCCCAGCUGCGCUACGGCUCUGCGCUGUCCUCUGCAGGCGACCCCGGGCACCCCAGCCACCCCCUGCACGCCUCGCAGCACUCCGGCCGCAGGGAGCGCAUGACUGCGCGGGAGGAGGCCAGCCUGCGCACGCUGGAGGGCCGCAGACGUGCUGCUACAUUGCUCAGCGCUCGGCAGGGAAUGAUGUCGGCGAGAGGAGACUUCCUGAACUACGCCCUGUCUUUAAUGCGCUCUCACAAUGAUGAGCACUCUGAUGUCCUGCCUGUCCUGGAUGUUUGCUCGCUCAAACACGUGGCAUAUGUGUUUCAAGCACUUAUUUAUUGGAUCAAGGCGAUGAACCAGCAGACCACCUUGGACACACCUCAGCUGGAGAGAAAGAGAACCCGUGAGCUUUUAGAGUUGGGACUGGACAAUGAAGACUCUGAACAUGAAAAUGACGAAGACACUAAUCAGAGUUCUCUUUCAGUGGAAGACAGGCACAGAAAGAUCACUUUAAGGCAAAAAAGAGGCAGGAGGAGGAUAUCACAUUGGAAAGGCUCUGCCCUCCACGACAAGGAUGAGGAACCCCUCCCAGCAGAAACGGGCCAGAACCACCCCUUCUUCCGCCGCUCUGACUCGAUGACCUUUCUGGGCUGCAUCCCUCCCAACCCGUUCGAGGUGCCCCUGGCGGAAGCCAUUCCCCUGGCUGACCAGCCUCACCUGUUACAGGUAAAGGUCCCAACUCUGCAGGCAGGAAGGCCAGCUCCAUUCAACCACUUCUUCCCAUUGCUCUUGUGUCCAAAUGCAAGAAAAGAAGAUCUUUUCGGACGUCCUAGCCAGGGUCUGUACUCCUCCUCGUACAACACAGGCAAAGGGCUGACUGAGGUGACUGUGGACAGAAAUUGUCUGGAGGUGCUGCCAACUAAAAUGUCUUACUCUGCGAAUAUGAAGAAUGUCAUGAGCAUGCAGUCUCGUCAGAAGACAAGUGAGGAGCAGGCUCUGCCUGAAGAAGAGCCCGAGGGCACAAAACCUGGCCCCUCUGCCCAUGACCUGGCCGCACAGCUCAAGAGCAGCCUGCUGGCGGAGAUCGGGCUGACGGAGAGCGAGGGGCCGCCUCUCACCUCCUUCAGACCUCAUUGCAGUUUCAUGGGAAUGGUAAUAUCUCAUGACAUGCUUCUGGGGCGAUGGCGUCUGUCUUUAGAGCUUUUUGGACGGGUGUUCAUGGAAGAUGUUGGAGCUGAACCUGGAUCAAUUCUGACAGAGCUGGGCGGCUUCGAGGUGAAGGAGUCGAAGUUCCGGCGCGAGAUGGAGAAGCUGCGGAACCAGCAGUCCAGAGACCUGGCCCUGGAGGUGGACCGGGACCGGGACCAGCUUAUCCAGCAGACCAUGAGGCAGCUGAACACGCACUUCGGUCGGCGCUGCACAACCACCCCCAUGGCCGUCCACCGAGUCAAAGUCACCUUCAAGGACGAGCCGGGGGAGGGCAGCGGGGUGGCGCGUAGCUUUUACACCGCGGUCGCCCAGGCCUUCCUGUCCAACGAGAAGCUGCCCAACCUAGACUUCGUGCAGAACACCAACAAAGGCAUGCAGGCCAGCAAUCUAAUGCAGCGUCUGAGGAACAGAGACCGGGAGCGAGAGAGGAGGAGUGGGGGAUUACGAGCAGGUUCUCGUAGAGAUAGAGAUCGGGAUUCUAGGAGGCAGCUCUCGGUUGACACCCGGCCCUUCAGACCAGCUUCUGAAGGCAACCCCAGCGAUGAGCCCGACCCCCUGCCAGCACACCGGCAGGCCCUGGGGGAGAGGCUGUAUCCACGCGUGCAGGCAAUGCAGCCGGCUUUUGCCAGCAAAAUCACAGGAAUGCUUUUAGAACUUUCCCCUGCACAGCUGUUGCUGCUCCUUGCCAGUGAAGAUUCACUACGUGCACGAGUGGAAGAGGCCAUGGAGCUCAUCAUUGCUCACGGAAGAGAAAAUGGGGCUGACAGUAUAUUGGAUCUUGGAUUGUUAGAUUCCUCAGAAAAGUCACAGCAGGAGAACCGGAAGAGGCACGGCUCCAGCCGCAGCGUGGUGGACAUGGAGCUGGACGACCCCGACGACGGGGACGACAACGCUCCUCUUUUCUACCAGCCCGGGAAGAGGGGCUUCUACUCCCCCAGACCAGGCAAGAGCAGCGAGACGCGGCUCAACUGUUUCCGAAACAUUGGCAGAAUACUUGGACUGUGCCUUCUGCAGAAUGAGCUAUGCCCUAUUACAUUGAACAGACAUGUCAUCAAGGUCUUGCUUGGAAGAAAGGUGAACUGGCAUGACUUUGCAUUCUUUGAUCCUGUGAUGUACGAGAGUUUGCGACAACUGAUCCUGGCCUCUCAGAGUGGCGAUGCUGAGGCUGUCUUUGCAGCUAUGGAUCUGGCAUUUGCAAUUGACCUCUGUAAAGAGGAAGGAGGAGGACAGGUGGAGCUUGUGUCCGGUGGUGUAAAUAUACCAGUCACUCCUCUGAAUGUAUACGAGUACGUGAGGAAAUAUGCAGAGCACCGGAUGUUAGUGGUGGCAGAGCCAUCGUUACAUGCAAUGAGGAAAGGCCUUUUGGAUGUGCUUCCCAAGAACUCUCUUGAAGACCUUACCGCCGAGGAUUUCCGCCUUCUUGUCAACGGCUGUGGAGAAGUCAAUGUACAGAUGCUGAUUAGCUUCACCUCGUUUAAUGAUGAAUCGGGGGAAAACGCAGAGAAGCUGUUGCAGUUCAAGCGCUGGUUUUGGUCAAUCGUGGAGAAAAUGAGCAUGACCGAGAGACAGGAUCUAGUUUACUUCUGGACAUCCAGCCCAUCUUUGCCUGCAAGCGAAGAGGGAUUCCAGCCUAUGCCAUCCAUCACCAUACGCCCCCCGGACGACCAGCACCUCCCCACGGCCAACACCUGCAUCUCCCGCCUCUACGUGCCACUCUACUCCUCCAAACAGAUUCUCAAGCAAAAACUCUUACUAGCCAUCAAGACCAAGAACUUUGGUUUCGUGUAGAAUUUAACGGAAAAAGAAGUGUUUGUUGUGUAAUAUUACUAGUUGCAGUUUUGUAGAUUUAUUUUUUAAUUGUCUAUACUAUUUUAUGAAAUUAAAUGCUGUCACAUCCCUGGCGGUCACAUUUUUUUUUUUCCUGAGUUCUGAAUAAACAUACAUUCCUGCAUUGGGUCUGUAAAGUUAAACGCCCACAGCUCUUGGCUCUACCAGCUUUGACUGAAACCUCCUGGGUAUCUGGCUAGCCAUUGAACUGUUAGACUAGCCCCAGCCAAAGAUGACAGCAGAAAUUUGUAAUUGUUACACUGUGAUUAUGAUUUUUUUUUGCCCAGAACAGAAUACUUAAAUAUCACUGGAAUUUCACUGCUGCCUUUGUGGAAAGUCUCAAUUUUUUCUUGUAUAGAGGGAGUAGGGAAUUUCAAAAUAAACUUGAGGAUGGAAACAUU